AUACUCGUCGUCGGAGGCCCCGGAUCCGGCAAAGGUUUGCUCAGUAAGCGCCUGGAAAAGGAAUGCCACGUCGUCCAUCUAUCCUCCGGGGAACUCUUGCGUUCCGAAGUAGCACAGGAUACCGCGCUCGGUCGACAAGUCCGGGAUAUUAUGGACCGCGGCGAACUCGUCUCCUCCGCAAUUAUGGUCGCCCUCAUGAAGAAACGCAUGCGCGAUCAUCCCGGGAAACGCGUUCUACUGGACGGCUUUCCCCGUUCGCUGGAAAACGCCCACGAUCUCGUCACGCUCUGCGGCAGACCCGAACUCGCUCUGCACUUGGAAUGCGACGAUACCAUACUGCUCGAACGCAUACUCCAACGCGGCGCCGAUAGCGCCCCGGAAGAACGGCGCGCCGACGACAACUUUCAAACCGCACUCCAACGACUACGGACUUACCACGCCUUUCACAAUUCCACCAUACACUGGUUGAGGGAACAACACGUACCCGUCGUCAAUUUGGAUUGCUCCGGUACCGCCGAGUCGGUAUGGCAACAACUA